ACCCGGGCGGGCACAACCAGCGCAGGGGUAUGUGCGUAAAGAAAAGACCUUACGUCACGUGACCGCCCCUUACUCCCAUACCCAUAAUUUCAGGCAUAACGAUCCAUAGGCUAUUUGUCUCACCAAGCGCCAGAUUUGUGUGUUUCCUCCGGUGUGUUUUAAUUCAGGCUGACCCAUAGGAUGCCAUUUAAACGAACGGAGGGAUUCUAGCGACAUUCUCGGACUAAACGAGAGCUCUGUAGUUUGCAGUUUGGCAUUCAAGGCAGCUGAUAUUGAAGACUGUGUCUGUUUGCAAGUGGAGGAAGAUACUGAGCUAUCAUCAUGGCAGAAAACAACUUCCCUCCCCUGCCUCGAUUCAUCCCCCUCAAGCCAUGUUUUUACCAAGACUUCAAUGAGAUCCCGGACCAGUGUCGCACCAUGUGCAAGAGGCUUUACUACCUAUGGAUCUUGAACAGUGCCACGCUGGCUGUUAAUCUGAUUGGCUGUCUGGCGUGGAUGUGUGGAGGUGGUGGAGCGACCAACUUUGGCAUGGCCAUCCUGUGGCUCAUCCUCUUCACCCCCUGCUCCUACGUGUGCUGGUUCAGGCCCAUUUACAAGGCCUUCAAGACCGACAGCUCCUUCAACUUUAUGGCUUUCUUCUUCGUCUUCAUGGCCCAGGUGGUGAUCAGUAUUAUCCAGACUGUUGGCAUUCCAGGCUGGGGAGUGUGUGGCUGGCUGGCUACCAUCACCUUCUUCAGCACCAACAUUGGCUCAGCUGUGGUCAUGCUGAUUCCCACCAUCAUGUUUACUGCAGUGGCCGUGCUCUCCUUCAUCGCCCUCACAAAGGUUCAUAAUUUUUAUCGUGGUAGUGGUGGCAGCCUGGGUAAGGCCCAGGAGGAGUGGACCACUGGGGCCUGGAAGAACCCUCACGUCCAGCAGGCAGCUCAGCAGGCGGCCAUGGGAGCCGCACAGGGAGCCAUGCAGCAAAAUCAGUACUCAGCGGCUCCCACCUAUAACUACGACGACCCAAUGUAGGACAGCGGCGGGGGCCAGGCUGCUGAGUGGGAGAGAUAAAAAAGGGAUCAAUUAAGAACACAAUUCAGAAUUAGGUGCCCUUCAUUAUAAUACAGUAUAAGCUGAAUUCAAACUGAACAAUGUAGAGAAAAGUCAUGUCUUUUUUUGGUGGAAAUGUACUUUUAUUGAAAUUUGACACACAUGGGAGUUAAUAGUUUUUGUCAGUUCACAUUUAAAUUAACAGCCAGUUAUUGAAAAGCUUGCUUGUUUUUCUAAUUUUUUUUUUUUUUAUGCUGCUCAAUUUUAACGGGCUAGUGUGUGUGUUGCUUUUCAGCGGAGACACAUAAUAUAUCUAAAACCAAUCCCCCUGAGCCUCAUCAAUUUUUUCAGGUAGGUUAAUCUGUGGUCAACACAGGGUGACUUCUCUGCCUCUGCCUGUGUCACACUUUUACAACAUGUUGUACCAACCUUUAAUGUGAUUUAAAGGCACUGUAACAGCUAUAUUGUUAGUGUUUACUUUUAUUUAGCCUGAAAGUUAUAAGGUCACCAAAAGCCAAAACAAUAUUGCCCUCAGUUAAUGUAUAGAACUAUUUCCCAUUAACUAUUUCCCCUCUUUUUCCAGUCUUUGUGCUAAGCUAAGCUAACAGGCUGCUGGCGGUAGCUCCUUAUUUACCAUGUAGACACGAGAAUGGUAUUGAUCUUCUCAUCUAAUUCUCAGUGAGAAAGUGAAAAAUGUCAAACUACUCCUUCACAUUUGGGGUACAGUUAUUUAGAAGCAUAUUGUGCUUUUAACUUUGGCUGAGAAAUUCGUUGUCUUUUUCUUAUUCUGUAUGUAAAGGUUGUACUUUUCUUUUGUUGAAAAAGAAAAAGUUUAACUCAGCCAAAAUAUCAACAAUAUAAUCUGAACAGAAAGAUUUAACAGGAAGAUGAAUAAAAGAUAUCAAAUGAUUUGCCUGUAAUACAAUUAAAAUCAGAGGCCAUUUGCUAGAAGCAGUGUCUAGCACAAAAUUUGUCAGGCCAGUAUUUUCCCAACUUCAUUCUGUGUUAAAGCUUUUAAAUCCCAGAUAAAUGUUUUUACAGCUCAUGUUUUGGUGACCUGAUUGUUUUCUGUUUUUUUUCUUAUUUACUGAUGAUGAUUCAGUUUAAUUCAAGAUUUUUUACAUUCUCAGGAAAGUCACGAUAGCUGGUUUUAAAUUCUACCUUUAAAGCCCUUGAAGUGUCAACGUAUCGGGCUUCUGUCUCCUUUUAUCACCGCUAUUUAACCAUUUGGGGUGUUUGGGUUUUGUCGUUACAUCCUGGUUAUGUGUUGAGCAGGUUGAUUUCAGUUAAAUGAAUUAUAAUUACAUGUUAAAGUGAAGCACAUGCAGUAUUUAGGAUUGCAGUUCUUUGGAUAAAACAUUCCAAAUCAAUGUUGUACAGGUUAAAAGUGACAGAAAACCAAAACACUUAGAGGUUGGACAUACAGUAAAUAUUAAUAAUCAUUGUUGUAGGUGGUCAUAGCAUUGUAUGAAGUGAUGGAUGUUUUCACCCUUUGGCAAAUUCUUUCACUAACCCCUACAUGUAAAUGCUUAAAUGGCUACUUGUUUCUGAAGCUCUGGAUUUCAGGCCUUAGUGUGUCAUUUUGUGGCUGUUGAUGUUAUUCCAUGAGUAGGUGUACUAUGAUAUUUAUAUGAAAGAAAAUAGAAUAUAAAAUUCGAGCCACUUAUUUCUUUAUGAAGUGAAAUUGAAAGAGAGAAUAUUUGUGUGUGGCCCUUGUGAGGCCUGAUGUGUUCAGUCAGAGACAGUGUCACGUUGAUUCCUGUGAAAAGGUUCUUGCCUCUUCAUGAUUCAGUAGAUGGUUAUUACAGUAAUACAGUAUUAGACUUGAAACAGAUGUGAAGAAACGUAUCUGAAUGCUCGUUAUUUCAAAACCUGUGAGUCGUCUUGUCUGAUUGUGAUGAUGUGGUAUUCAGUAGGCUGUUUUCCUUUUUAGUUGUUUUCUCUCUUUUUUGUACCAACCUUAUUUUUGUUGUGUGUAUUUUGGAUGAUGUGUGGGGUGAGUGCGAAGCACAUGUUCGUUGUGUCUUUCCAUGGCUGUGGGUAAUAGAUUAUGAAGUGUUGUUUUAAUAAUUUUUUGAAAAUCUUAAGUAAUGUUUGCACUGGGUUACCUGUUGACAUCAGUGCCAACUUAUUUCACAGUGAAUCACAGUGGAGCAAUACUAACAUAAAUAUAUUAAACAGUAGAAUUAUUAGGAUCAAGUGGGGUCCUGUUGUGCAGGUUUCAAGUAUAGAGAGAACAACUUUUAAAACAUUUAAAACAUGUAAUGAACUGAAAAAUGGGCCUGUUUUCAAGUUGGACACCACUAGUAUAAUUUUACAACUGCAUUUUCACCAGCAGAUGCACAUACAGUAGUUAUGAAGUAUAACCCUGUAAACCGUACCAUUCACAUGCUCAUCUGUUAGUAAAUGCACAAAGUUUAGCUGAUCCGAUCUAUAAACUAAGUGUGAAGUUAUGCACAAAGACGAACAAAGAAGCUACUUUUUUUCUGUGGCAGUAGUAAGUUAUCUUGGUGAGUUCUGAAUCCCUCCAGACUUUCUACCAUAUGUACAUACAGCACAGUUAAUGUGUUUAUGGAAAUUACAGCUGUAUAGUUAUCGUGUAGCAGGAACUUCAGUGCACUGGACAGCCAAUACUCUGCAUUUCAUGUCGCUGUAUCAAAGCUUCUGAGAGCCAUUUCCCAUUAUCGUCCCCCCACGAUCCCAACAUGUGCUGUAUGUUGUUUGAUAUGUAUUAUCAUGUACUAUAUCAUGAGUAGAUAUAAAUAUAUAAUUACUUGAGGUGAGGUAAAUAUUUGCCAUGGAUAAACACAUUCAAAAGGAACAUGUUCUAAUGAAGGUGAAUGAGACGUUUGAGGAGGCUGUGUCUCCAUGAGUGAAGUAAAUGAGGAAUACAUUUUUGUGUAUUACUUUUGUAUUAUUUGGU